AUGCCGACCGACUCCGUGAUCUGGCACCACGGAGAACCUCCGGACGUGAGGAUGCCCUCCCCAAUCUGGACUAUCAAACGCUUUGGAAUACCCUCAACAACGUUGCUGCUUACAUCGAUCGUCUCGAAGGCAACGUGA